GCAGUCACAACUCAUGAACCUGUCCCAGGCGCGGGCGCAUGUUCACUGGUCCCCAAACGUCCAUGCUCGGAGAGUGAUUGGAUUUGAUUUGAGUGGUAAACAUGGAGUACGACUUCCCAUACGACACAGUCAUUUUCCUUGAAAACAGCACUGACAACUUCUCAGAGGAAUCCGGAGACUUCGACCUGAAUGAUUUUCAGGAGGCAUGUGGUGGAGACACCAACAGCGACUUCAACAAAAUCUUCCACCCCACGGUUUAUGGAUUAAUCUUCAUUCUGGGAAUAGUUGGCAAUGGAUUGGUUGUUCUGGUCAUGGGCUUCCAGAAGAAGGUCAAAACGAUGACGGACAAAUACAGGCUCCAUCUCUCGGUAGCUGACCUCCUGUUUGUCCUCACGCUGCCCUUCUGGGCUGUGGACGCGGCUAAAUCCUGGUACUUCGGACACUUCCUCUGCGUGUCCGUGCACAUGAUCUACACGAUCAACCUGUACAGCAGCGUCUUGAUCCUGGCCUUCAUCAGCUUGGACAGAUACUUGGCGAUUGUUCACGCCACCGACAGCCAAGCCACGAGGAAGCUGCUGGCGAACAGGGUGGUGUAUGUGGGCGUGUGGCUGCCUGCUGCCAUCCUGACUGUCCCRGACUUUCUGUUCGCUCAGGUGCAGAACGUGAGCUCCUCGAAAUUCCCCAUCACCGAUGGCGGCGCGGGGACCGCCGACUUCAGGCCCAUCUGCCAGCGUAUCUACCCAGAGGAGAAAAGCCUCGUGUGGACCGUUGUUUUCCGUUUCCAGCACAUCCUGGUGGGCUUCAUCCUGCCCGGCCUGGUCAUCCUCAUCUGCUACUGCAUCAUCAUCUCCAAGCUGUCCCGAGGCGCCAAGGGCCAGGCGCUGAAGAGGAGAGCGCUGAAGACCACGGUCAUCCUCAUYGUCUGUUUCUUCAGCUGCUGGCUGCCCUACUGCGUCGGCAUCUUCUUGGACACCCUCAUGAUGCUGAACGUGGUCCCYGUCACCUGUGGGCUGCAACAGGCCGUGGACAAAUGGAUUUCGGUCACGGAGGCGCUGGCUUACUUUCACUGCUGCUUGAACCCCAUCCUGUACGCGUUCCUGGGGGUGAAGUUUAAGAAAACGGCCAGGAGUACUCUGACCCUCAACAGCAGCAAAUCGAGCCAGAAAGUGACUCUCAUGACCAAAAUGCGGGGUCAGAUUUCAUCGGUGUCCACAGAGUCCGAGUCUUCAAGUGUUCUGUCAAGUUAACUCCGUUGAUUUCAGAGACUUUGUCUUCUCAGGAGAGGAAAAAAAAAGCUAACUUUUAUUUUCCAAGUAUCUUACUACAUUUUGUACAUAUGUAAAAACAAAGAGUUUGUUUUAUACUUAUUUGUAUUUGAAUGCUUGAAAACGUUUUUUUUUACAAUUGUUUUUCUACAAUUUUCUGUUUUCCUCAGGCUGUGCCUCAUUUUCAUCCAUUCAAAUUCACAGUUAAGGUCCACUAGUUGUCAGUUUUUACACUCUGUGACGUCACACCGUUGUUUGCUGUUUUCAUGGGUGCUGUUUGGAAACCCUGUGCAUAGUUUGUAGCAUUUGUAUGUUUGCUCUAAAGUUGUGUGAUUGUGUUCAAGCUGUUAUUUAUUGUUGCCAUAUGAGUUCUUUUUUUUACACUUUUAAAUUUAUUUUGUAAUGUAAAAUAAAAGUAUUGUUUUUUUUUUCCAUAAA